CUAACAUGCUAACAGGCUAACAGGCUAGCAGAGCAAAGAUAACUUAUCUACAACUAACCAGCUCAUCUUCAUAAACAAGCCAGCUUUGAGAGACCCUUAAAAUGGAUUUAGAAGACGACACCACCGUGUUAACAACCCUGAAGUCCUUCAAUUCCUUCAUCAACCGCCCUGAACAUCCACAGCGGCUGUUAGAGCCCCCAGCAGGCAGUGGAAACCUGCAGACUCAGUUCAAACGCAGCAUGGAGUUGUUGGACGCAGCAGAGAGGGUUCAGUCUAAGAAUCGCUAUCUUCAGUUGGACCAGGAGAAGAAGCAGAUGGAGAUGAGUCACAAGCGAGCUCGUUUUGAACUAGAGAAAGCUGCUUCUGAUAGCGCACGAGACUUGGAGCACGAGGUGGACCGGAACCAGGAACUCUUGGGGCGAAUUAAAAAGUUGGAGGACAGAGAGACGGAGGCCGCUAAGAACCUUACAGAGCAGGUGGAGGCAAAUCGUGCCCUUCGUAAGAACCAGGACGGUCUCCUCAAGAAAAUGGAGGAGCGAGACCUGAAACUGAACACUGCAAACCAGACUAUCAGUUGUUUGAAGGAUGAGAUCAGAGACCUGAAGCAGAAGAUUCAGAACCAAGACUCAACCAUUUCUACUCAAACCCUUGAAAACCAGGAAUUACAGGAACAGUUGGAUUUGCAACGCAGGAAGCACCAGGAAGUGUCUCAGCUUUGCCAGAGUCUCCAAUCUGCUCAGUCCUCCUCCUCAGAGCACAUAAUCAAGAUUAAGGAGUUAGAAAGGCGUCUUGCCAUCCAAGAGCAAGAUAUCUCCAUAGUGAAGAUUGUGAAGUCAGAGGUGGCUCGGGUUCCAGAUCUGGAAAAGGAGUUAAAGCGCCUCAGAGAGGACAACGCCUUUCUCAGGGAGAGCAGAGAGAAUUGCAGCCUGUUGAAAGAAGAGGUGGAGGGCCUUAGGAGGAAGCUGGAGAGGAUGGAGAAAACCAAAGAAGAGAUGGUCAAUAUAGAACUGGAGAAGGAGAGAUUGGCAGAAAAGCUCCAAGCCUGGGAGAACCUGGGACAAUCUACUGGACUCAACAUAAGGAAACCAGAGGAUCUGUCCAGGGAGGUGAUUCAGAUCCAGCAGAGAGAAAUUGCACUGAAAGAACAGAACUACACACUCAACAGCUGCGUGAGGAGCGUGGAGCGUUCGCAGUCGGAGCUCCGCGCAGAGCUGACCCAACAGCGCAACAAGACUCUGGAGGAGCAGAAGAAGAGGGAGAUGCAGGACUCGCUCGUCCGUCGGCUACAGAAGAGAGUCCUUUUAUUAACCAAGGAGCGCGAUGGUAUGCGGGCCAUCCUGGAGUCCUACGACAGUGAACUGGCGCCCAAUGAAUACGCGCCUCAACUCAACAGACGGCUCAGAGAGGCAGAGGACAUACUGCUGAAGACGCAGAACCACAACGUAGAGAUGGAGGCUCAGCUAACCAAAGCUCAGGAAGAGACGGGGGCUCUGAAGCUGCAGCUGCAAACAGUGGAGCUGGAGCUGGAGUCUGUGAAGAAGCAGCAGCAGCAGGCCACUAUUGCUGGCAGCAACUCUUCAGUAACCAAAGAAGAGGUCAGCAUUCUCAGACAGAAAAUUGAAGAUUUGGAGGCGGAGCGGCAGCGUUUGGAGGAGCAGAACAACAUUCUGGAGAUGAGACUGGAGAGACACAACCUACAGGGAGACUACGAUCCCGUCAAAACCCGAGUUCUCCACUUCAAAAUGAACCCCACCACAGUUGCCAAGCAACAGCGGCAGCAGGAAGAGGAGGCUCUCAGAGAGGAAGUGACCCGUCUCAGGGAACUUGUGCGCUCAUUGCAGGACGGAGGUGCCUUGGUCCAUUCACAAGAUGAGGCCAGCCUGCAUUCUUCCAGCCUCAGCCUCAGUUUGCCACCGUCGAAGGAGGUGCUGGAUCUACGUAAGCAAAUGGAGAGUGCUGAGCUGAGGAACCAGAGACUGAAGGAGGUCUUUCAAAGGAAAAUCCAGGAGUUUCGUACAGUCUGCUACGUCCUGACCGGCUACCAGAUGGAUAUCACCACUGAGAACCAAUACAGGCUCAGCUCAGUCUAUGCAGAGCACAUGGACGACUCCUUGCUCUUCAAAAAGGGCUCCAACGGCAGCAUGCAGCUCAUGGAAACAGAGUUCUCCAAAACUCUCGGACAGAUGGUGGCACUUCAUCUGCACCACCAGAAGAGCAUCCCGGCAUUCCUCUCCGCCGUGACCCUCGACCUCUUCAGCCGACAAACCACUAUAUAAAAUAACAGGACUGUAAAAUUCAAAACUUCAAAAUGAGAUUGCUUUUGUUUUUAAUUUCUCUAUAUUUUUCCUUUUUGC